AUGGUCUUCGGCCUACUGGCUCUUGUGGGAACAGUUCCCUUGACCGCGACAUCCGUUCUCGCCCUACAGAGUCAAACCGAGAACGCGAAGAACGAUGCCGCUGCCGACGAAGAUGACGACUGGAAGGGCGAGAGGUGCCACAUGCGAUGCCGAGCGACUGCGAGGACGCCAGAAGACCGCAAAGAGUUGUUCAAGAAUAGUCGAAUCGUACUUUGUGGAGGGCGACUGUACGUUGAGCUAUCGACAUACGAAGGACCGGCACAUCACCCAUUCACCGGAUACUAUCUGCCUUUCCCAAAGAAGGAUUACGAAGGCAUUGUAUCUACCAUCUCAAAUGAUCCGCCACAGCUCAAUUGGGUAUAUCUAGACACCGACUCGGACAUCUUCCAGCUUAGCCAUGGACUUCGUGUUGAUGCAGAAGAGGGCCAAGCUGGUCCUUGGGAUGCCAGGUUUUGCUCGAACGGGGAGAAGCGGUAUACUUUCGAGGGUUGGGAGGGGUUUAUUGCAGUUGAGACUGAGGGCGAGCCGGGGCUGUGGGGGCUUUGUUUCGACAAGUAUAACGAUGGCCUGAAGGGCAAGAUUCGAGAAGGCCAGAGGACUGUCGAGCUGGAACUGGUACGUGGAGAGAUAGAGGGUUGA